AUGGAUAAGUGUUUUGUUCCAACCUCAGCAGUUAAUUAUAUAAGUGAUCAACUACAAACAAAGAACAGUAUAACAGUCACAGGAUUAGCUGGCGUUGGUAAAUCUGUUACAAUUCAUCAUGUUGCGUUAAAACUUCGAGAUACGAAAGACUACAUUAUUGUCCCCUGUCGCAAUCCUUCCGAGAUCCCAAUGCAUUUCAGAAAGGGGAAAAAGAUAGUUUUUGUAGUCGACGACUUUUGUGGGAAAUAUACAAUACAUCAAAACGAUGUCAGAGAGUGGCAAAAAUAUUUAUCAGAAGAAUUGACUAUUCUUAGUUCAGGUGAUAUCAAAAUUUUGACAUCAAAUCGGUCUUCUGUCUUUCAAAAUCCUAGCUUCAGAAAAUUAAAAGUUUUCAUUAAAAAUGCAUGUAAUUUAUCCAUCGGAAUUCAUCGUAUUUCUGUGGAGGAAAAGAAAAAUAUUGCGUUGAAAUAUUUACCUCCAGAUGUUUUCCAAAAAAUCCAACAUCAUAUAGGACAGAUGGAUCAUUUUCCUUUAAUGUGUCAGCAAUAUACUACACGCCCAAUAACUGACCCAUUGAGGUUCUUUAAUAAUCCGUUCGACAUUUUCGAACAAGAAAUAUCUGCCAUGAGAGAGGAAGACAAGUUGAAGUAUUGUGCAUUGUUGGUAUGUGUUCUUUUAAAUGGGUGUAUAAGGAAGGCAGAUAUGAGAUAUGAAAAAUAUCUCCGUUUUGGUAUAAACAAAGUUGGUAAUGACGUAAUUGAUGACAAAGGUGUUGACAAAACAGAAAUAUAUGGUACUCAUAAUAAGCUUUCACGAAAUGAUCUGCAAACAAUUCUCGAUCUUUGUGAACUCAACCUAGAGACGCCAACCAGUCUAAUAUUUCGACAAUAUGAUUGCUUAUUAAAUACUUAUAUGUUAAAGACAGAACAUAAUUACCAUUGCAUUCAUGAUAGUGUAUUUGAAUUUUUAAUUUACUACUUUGGAAAGCACUUGCAAAGAGAGGUGAUUUCAUAUUGUGAUAGUGAAAUAAUAAGAGAUCAUACAUAUAUAUCAUCUUUGAAUGAAAUUCAUGAUACGUUUUCUGUUAUAAUAGAAAAAGAUAACGAAACACUAUAUUUCUUUAGGAUUAUAAAUGACAUAUCACAUGGAAGAAUAUAUGAUGUUUUCUGUAACAAACAAAUGCAAUUUAGAAGCUACAGAUCAAAAUUUAUUAAUUUUCUCCAAGAAAAUCCUCAGCUCGAACUAGAUAAGCUAUUUUUAAUCAAAGAUGAAGCACGCGAUGAUGUUACUGAUCCAGUUACAUCCUUAUAUGUUGUAUGCUGUAAAGGUUACUUAGAUUUAGCGGAAUUUAUAUUAGAUAGUACAGGAAAUGAUUUUGAUCAUAGUUUUCAUCCUUUGAAUGCGGCAGCUUCUUCUGGUCACUGUCAUUUGGUAGAGUUGAUGAUUUCCAGAGGAGCAGAUGUCAAUCAUCGUGAUGAAAGUGGCCAUACUCCAAUGACUAUGGCAUGCAUAGGUAAACAUGAAUCUGCAGUGGAGCUGCUCAUCAAAAAAGGGUCAGACUUAAAUAAAAGAACAAACAAAGGUCCAACUCCAUUAAUGUGGACCUGUUCGACUGGUAACAAAAGAAUUGCUGAAUUACUUUUAAUUAAUGGCGCCGAUAUAAACAGAUCUGAUUACGAAGGAAGAACACCGGUAAUGUGGUCCCGUAAGCGUUCUGAUGAUACUAUGCUUGAUUUGUUAAUUUAUAAAGGUGCAAAUCUAAAUAAAGGUGAUAACCAUGCGUGGACCUCAUUGAUGUGGACAUGUUUUUAUGGGCUAACCAAUAUUGUAGAUAUUCUCAUCUUAAAUGGUGCUAAUAUAAACCAGGCUAAUAAUGAAGGCUUGACAUCGUUUAUGAUAGCUUGUAAAGGUGGUAAACUAGACAUCGUAAGACUUUUACUUACAAAAGGGGUUAAUACAAACAUUCAAGACACAUUUGGUCGAACAGCGUUUAUGCUGGCGUGUACAGAAGGACAUAUUUGUGUAGUUGAUGUUUUGAUUAAUAGCAACGUCAAUAUUGACCGUCAAGAUGCCUAUGGAGUAACUCCCUUGAUUGAAUUGUGUUCUCAAGGCCAGCUCAUUUUGGCAAGCACUCUUAUCAAGAACCAUGCAUGUUUCAAUAAAACUGACAAUGAAGGUUGGACUCCAUUGAUGGCAUGCUGCCUAAGUAAUAAUUACAACCUCACAACGUUUUUAGUGGAUCACGGACCUGAUUUAAAUGUAAGCAAUAAGAACGACGAAACAGCACUUUUGAUUGUGUGUAAAGGUGUUAUUAACAGAACAACUGCGUUAUGCAUCGACACAGGAGUUUACACCAAUUCUUACGUCAAUAAAAGUGACUCUAAAUAUAACAAAGAUGCACUUGAGAUAGUCAAAGUCCUACUUAGUAAAGGAGCCAAUGUUGAUCAACCAGAUAAAGAUGGUUGGUCACCAUUAAUGUGGUCUUGCAAAAACAAUUUCAUCAAAAUAGCUGCAGUGCUAAUUGAAAAUGGGGCAAAUGUAUACCAUAUUUCCUCAGAUGGAAAAUCGAUCCUACAGAUGGUAUUUCAUGACGAUAAAGAAUUCAUUAUUGAAUUAUUCUUUAACAAAAAUGUAGGUCCUUUAAAAGAGUUCAUCGAAGCAAUAAAAAAAAAGGAUCUGGAAAUUAUCCAAUCUUUAAUUGAUUUUGAAAAGCAAAAUUGCCAUCAAACGAACGAAGAUACAAACUGCUUGAUUCAGAGACACACUACAAAUAUCGAUCGAUUUCUGACUAUUGCAUGUGAAUAUGGAGAUGAAAACAUAGUUGACACAUUGCUUUCUAAUGGUGCUGAUAUUCAUCAUCAAGAUGAAAAGACGUGGACGCCUUUAAUGAGGGCGUGCAAGUUAAGAAACAAAGCCGUUGUCGAGUUAUUAGUGGAUCGCGGAUCUUUUGUUGCUAACGAUCUGUCUACUGCUGUCAAAUUAGGAGAGAAUAAUCUAGCAAUUUCUUUAAUUAAAGUAGGUGGAGGUUUGAAUGAUCUCUUUAUUGACUCAUGUAGCAGAAACGACAAACGAACACAAAAGUUACUCAUUCGGUUCGGUGUAAAUUUGAAUGAAGUGCUUUGUCAUUCCUGCUGUUCUCAUGACUCGAAUGCUGUCAAAACAAUUCUUAAGUUUGAAUUUGACAUCAAUAUUUGCGAUGGAAAAGGUUGCACCCCCUUAAUGAUAGCUUGCUCGUAUUCAACUGACGAAAUAUUUCAGCUCGUAUUAAAAAUUGGUAAAGCAAACAUUUUCAAAUCACUUAAAAAUGGCUACAUUAAAGAAGGUUCUGCUUUUUGUAAAAAAUUAAUUGGAAAAUGCAGAAAGGAAGAUUUGUCAGAAACGCUAUAUCAGGCAUCAAGAAUGGGACAUUUUGAAAUAAUGCAACUACUAAUUGAAAAACACGUAGAUAUCAAUCAACAUGAUGAGGCUGGAGACACACCUUUGAUAAUAGCAUGUACCUAUAAGUAUCAGCGUCUCGCAGAAUUACUUAUAUAUAACGGAGCAGAUACUGGGGAGACAUUUAAAUGGGCAUUCAAACAAUUUAACAUGGAGUCAACCAGUUUUUUAGUAGAAUGUGGUGCUGAUGUGAACAAAAUUGAUCCGAUUGAAUGGAGUCCACUGACCUGGGCAUGUUUUAUCAGACAGGAAAACAUUAGAAAUAAUCGGUAUUUGUGGUCGGAACUAGAAAGUAUAAUUGAUUUUCUGAUUUUAAAUGGCGCUGACGUUAACUUUGCUCUACAAAAGGUGUGCCAAAUUCAAUUCAACAUUGAUAAAGAGAGUUCUAUUGAGUUACUAAUUAAUAAAGGAGCUGACAUAAAUCAUACUGACAAGAACGGGAGAAAACUCCUAAAGUUGUUGAAACGAGAUGGUAAUAAUGAUUGUGUUAAACUUCUAAAAUUAUAUAGACGCAAACAGAAAAAAUGUACUGUAAUGUAA